CUCAACAAUUUAUUCCGUGUUCCAUAACCCCAUGAACACAUUAUUCGAGAGAAAUGGAAUCAGCCAAUCACUCUCUUUCCUCCAUAUAUAAAAUCUAGCCAAUAUUCACAAAUAAUAACUACUUCCUUCGUUCUUUUCCUUACCAAAAGAUCCACCUCGAACCUCUCUCCUCCGUCUUCCUCCGCAGCCGCCGUCACUAUCACCGCAGCUAGAAUGAGAGAAGAUAAUCCAAAUUGGUUCCUUAGAUGGGAAGAAGAGCUUCCAUCUCCAGAAGAACUCAUCCCUAUCUCUCAAACCUUAAUCACUCCUCAUCUAGCUCUCGCUUUCCAAAUCGGAAGUCCUAAUCAUCAUCUCGGAUCAAAGAGAACCACCGCGAUUUAUCACCAGAAGCUUCAAUCCUCCACCACUCCAACAACUCCAACUCCAACUCCUCCACCGAUGAUGAUGAAUUCUGAUUUCGGCGGUGGCGAUUCCACGGAUCUUGGUUCAGGAUCAAUAGGAGGAGAGCCAGCAAGAACGUUGAAACGGCCGCGUCUAGUGUGGACGCCUCAGCUACACAAACGUUUCGUGGAUGCGGUUGGACACUUAGGGAUCAAAAACGCAGUUCCAAAGACUAUAAUGCAGCUUAUGAGCGUUGAAGGAUUGACUAGAGAGAACGUUGCGAGUCAUCUUCAGAAAUAUCGUCUUUACCUUAGGAGAAUGCAAGGCGGGAACGGUAACGGAAUCACUGGAGGACACGUCAUCGUCUCUGAUUCGGCUACUGAUCGGCUAUUUGCUAGCUCACCGGUUCCAGCUCAUUUCUUGAGCCCGGAUUACUUGAUGCCGCCAUUAGAGCAUUCGUAUAUGGGGAAACAUGUGAUUACGCAGCAAAACCAAGUGGUUCGUAAUCUGAGGUAUGAAGAUUCGGAAUAUGGUCAUGGUAGUAUGAAGAUGCUUAAGCUCUUCCCUGCCGGAAAUUAAUGAAAUAUUUGAAUUCUUAACUUCAUUUUUAUGGAAGUAAUAAUGUUUAAGGUAUGUGGAUUAUCUCUGUAAUUUGCAUUUGUCGUCAGGAUCAAUAAUCUAUUGUUAGUGUAUAUUAUUUGUUACGCGAACAAUUUAACCUUUGUAUGAUGUUAUCAUUUGAAUUCACUACAACACAGUAGCUUGUUUUUAUUUCUUUCGUCUAUUCAUUAGUUUCCCUGG